AUGAAUGAUAUAAUUUCGACUAAACUAUUUGAGACUGAGGAUGUGUCGGUAUUUAGAAUCCCUCCAGGUGAGCUCUCCUUAUCCAAAUGGGAUAUAAAUGAUUCAAAUAUAAUAUGGAGAGGUAGCUUACGACUAACCGAGGAAGAGUUGAUUCAGGAGGAUAAAGGGGUGUUUUUGAAUGGGUCUAAUGGAGUCGAAUCGGAGUGUUUCUCAUCCUUUACGGUAGGAGAUAAGCCCUCCGCAUUUUUCCUGAAGGAUACGGAAGUUGCUCCUAUCAAGCCGUAUAAAGGAUUACGACUCAAGUUGGAGUUAUUUAAUUUUGACGACUCACUGGUGGCUCCUCCGAAUGAGUCCGGCAUGGAGGACGAAAAAAUAUGGGCGGAGGUUUGGUAUAAUCCGUUGCCGGCAGAACAGGAUAAUGAAUUGAAUCCCGCACAAUAUUCUAUAGCCAACAAUAAACAAGAGACGAUUCAAAUGACACCGCAAUCGGCGAAAUUUUAUAAACUCAUUGUCCAAUUGCCAGGUUCUGGUUAUCAUCCUUUCAUUCAAGAAGAGGAGCAAAUUGAAGACGGGUACUUGUUACAAGUUGCAUUAGGCUUGAAAAUCAGUGAGAAUUUUGCGGCAAUAUCAUUCUCCGAAAGUCUCAGCAUAUAUAGGCGAAGAUUUAAGAACUUUGUCGAUCAGUAUAACUAUGAAUUACGAUUAUCAGAAAUUGAAUGCAGACAGAAGCAUUUAUCCAUAAAUACGGAAAAUAACCCUGAGGAAUCUGGAACCGACCAUGGCUCUGGGAACAAAACUACAGAAGACAAUAACGAUAAUGAGGAAGAUGAAUUUGGUGAUUUUGUUGGUGGGUGA